AGCCUCUUUUGUUCAAAGGGGUACAAUUUGCGCGGUCAUCACUAUGAGCGUGGAUGCCACGGUCUCAGAUGGCCUCGCUGGCACGAGGGGCGUGAGCCUGAGCGUGAAGUCCGCAAUGACGGAUUUCGGGGUCCUCUCGCCCAGAGCCCUCAGGCGAUCCACUGGCGCCGAGGCCAGCUCGCGGGGCUCCCAGCAAGAGGCCGAGCCCUGGGAGGAGAAGCUCGACCGGUCGGAGAGGGACAUCUGCGCCGCUCUGCAGCCGAGCGUCCCCGCAGUCACCCUCGUGCUGCCGAGGCCGGACCCAGCCUCGUUCGCCGCCCAGUUGGCGCAGCCGGGCUACCGCCCGCUCGUGCAGGGUCUGCCGCCACGGGACGAGCCCCGCCUCCCUGCGGUGGCCGCCGCCCCCUCGGCGCGGGCCGCGUGGCCGGGUGGCCCGCGGGCUGCGGCGUCGCUGGGGCACCAGCUGGCCUGGCCUCUGAUCGCCGCCGCGGCCUCGGCCUGCCUGGCGGUCGGGGUCGGCCACCUGCGGCUCGGGCUGCUCGCCGGCCCCGCGCUGGCCGCCUCGGCGUCCGCCUGCCUGUGCACGCUCGGGUUGGCCAGGACGUGGCGUGACCGCGCGGAUGCGAAUUUUGGGAUGCUGUCCAGGUCGAUCUGCAAGGCCAGGGAUGCGGCAGCACGGUCCGUGGAUGCCGUGGAGGGCCUGCUGUUGCGGCCAGUCCAACGGCUGCAGGGCCUCGUGGACGUCAUGGUGGAAGAGCAGCAGCCGGCCUUCGCGAGAAUGCAGGAGCAUGAGGCCGCGCUGAAGGAGCAGGGUUCUGACCCAACCUGGCGGGCGCCCAACCCCGCGUCACUCAAGCGGCCCUUGUGCGGCCCGCGCGGCUGCCUCGUCUCGCUCCGGCGCGAGCUGCGAGAGGUGAGGCACGAGCUCUUGGAGUAUUUCGACCAGUCGAUGAGCUCGCAGCUUUCCGGCAGGAUCGCCACCGAGCACGCCGCCUUCGAGCGGUAUGUCGUGCACUUGCCAGUGUUCGCCGCUCUGACCUUGAACAUGACGCUCUCGGUUGUCCAGGUGGUGCUGGCCGCAGGGCUGGCAGCCCCCGGCACCUCUGAGGUAGCCAGUGCCCCAGUCGGUCCUCGCCCAGCUAACAUUGCGGCGGUGUUGGCGCCCGCAACUAGGCGCCUCCUGAACAGUGGCGCCACUGAUAGCGGACCGGGAGAGGAGAUUCUGCAGUGCCUCAGGCCCGCCGUCGUGCAGGCUGCGCUGUGCCUCGCGCAGGUGGCCGCCGCCUUCGCGCUCUCGCGCGGACCACCUGCCUGUGCAGUGGCCAUCGCGAAGAUCUCCAGCCUGGAGGUUGAGCUCAACACCCGCGUCAACAGGUUCCAGGAGCAGGUGAGCGGCGUGACAACAUGGAGUCGGGCGCGCGGAGAUUUGAUCGCAGGGUGCUACUCCAGUAUACUCUCGCGCGCAAGCGCCCCCUUUCCCCACGUGGUGUGCCGCGUUGGCGGCCUCCUGUAAGCCACCGCGUAGUGCCACCGUACCCGUGUGCGUAAGGCGCCUCUUCCGUUGUUGUUCAGGUGCUGGAGUUCGAACUGGGCCCCGCGUUCGCAGACGUCAAGGCGGAGGCCGCGCUCUUCUUCCCGCAAUUCAGAGAAUGCAUGCGAAGGCUCAGGGUGGAUGCGCAGCGCAAGCGUCGUGCCGACAAGCUGCACGACCUGGAGAAGCAGGCCAUGAGGCUCGGCUUCUGAGCGCCCCGCAGCGGCCCAUGUCCGCAGAAGUCGGGACGGAGCCUGCGCCUUUCUCCCUACAGGUCGGAGACUGCCUGCAGAGGCCCCGAGCGGCCGACAGCCUGUACAUAGGGCCUCGAGAGGCGGGCCGCGAGGAUCGGCUGAGCGCCCCGCGGCGGCCCUGCGCGGGCGGCCUGCCGACCAAUGCUUCGCUUCCCCUUCGGGCCAGGAAGCCCAGGAGCUGGCAAUGCAGCCGCAGCCCCCUCCGCGGGCCAGGUGGCAGGCGCAACCAUACCCGGCUCGAGGAUCGCUCUGAAAUGUUGGACACCUUCGGCGUUUUCUGC